AUGGCACGACUUCGUUCAAUAACACUGGACCACCAGAUCAUCUUUCUUCUCGAAGGCAGGCCUAAAAAUAUUGUACUCUUUGGGGAGACGGGAGCAGGCAAAAGCUCACUCGUCAACCUCAUGGCAGGAAAGGAGGUAGCACACACAUCUCCUGACAUGCAACGCUGUACGUUGCAGUGGAAAGAGUAUACUAUCGACUUCGAGGGUGCCUCGUAUAUGGUUUUCGAUACCAUCGGGCUCGAGGAACCGCAACUGGGGAUCAAAGAAUACCUCGAGUCUGUCGAAAACGCCUAUAAGCUCGUCAGGGAAUUGGAUGAUAAAGGCGGGAUCGAUUUGCUUCUCUUCUGCGUUCGCGCCGGCCGAGUCACUGCUACGCUUCAAAGCAAUUACCGGCUUUUUCACGAAUUCCUCUGCGAGAAGAAGGUUCCAAUUGUUCUUGCGAUCACGAAUCUCGAAAGAGAGCAGAGGAUGGAGGAAUGGUGGGAGAGAAACGAGUCCACCUUCGACAAGUAUCAGAUAAAGGUCGCGGGCCAUGCAUGCAUCACCGCCGCCAAUAGAUUGGACGGCAGACACAAAGUUCUUUAUGAACAAUCGCGCACCACGAUCCGUAACCUUGUUAAGGAAUUCACUGCUGACGGGCAGAAGCAGGCUUGGACAGGAGGGCACAACCUGUUUGUGUCGUUGAUGCGCAGGCUGAAGGAGUUACUUAGUGGGGGUUCGCAUCUGACAAGGAAGGAUCUUGUCCCUCAUCUCACGAAGCGUUGUGGUAUAUCUCCAGACGUUGCAAAACAGUUGGCUAAUAUGAUCAAGCAAAAUGUAGCUUGA